UUCUACAGUAACACGGUGUUCGCAAGCAGAGUUCUUAAUGCCUUCUGCACGUCCCGCCCCCUGUCUCCAGCCGCGCCCUGUCAUUGGUGGUGGCUCCAGAACGCCGCGGCGCUGAUUGGCUACGGGAGCUCCCGUUUGAGUCACUGUAAGCCUGGAAGUGCACACAGAGUAACACUGAGGAGUAUUGACCUACUAACACAGAUCUGUGGAGCAGCGGCGGCUGGAGCGGGGACACACUGCAUAGGAGGCGCUACUAUCCGUCACACUCCGGCUGGACACGGCCAUGUCCCCCAGGAUGCUGCGCUGUCACAGGCUGCUCACCCACUAAGGUGGCAAGAUAUAUUCUGGGCAUGCUGCAAAGAUGGUCACAGACUCGAUACCUCAACCUCGUGGAAGAAAUAUUUAUAGCAGAUGGAAUUUCCUAUAAUUAAGAUAUUAAUGUUCACACGGUUUAAGGAGCACUGUCAGAAAAUUCUCUUAAGAGACUGUGGACCAUUUCUAACAUCAGUUGGCGCUGAUGCAGCUAAGAAAAAUGCCUACCAUUAAAAACGAACAGGAAGGUGCUGAUUCAAGGAAUAGUAUGGAGAACAUCCUUGUGCUUAAUACUAAUAUGCCCGACAUGUCUGAAUCAAUGGACUCCAGUAAUGACAUGUUGUAUAAUGAAGGGGUGGGUUCAAAAAACAAGUCCUCCUCCUGUCGCAGGAAAAGGGAAUUUAUUCCUGAUGAAAAGAAAGAUGCCAUGUACUGGGAAAAAAGAAGGAAAAACAAUGAGGCUGCAAAGCGAUCCCGGGAAAAACGCAGACUAAACGAUAUGGUUCUAGAGAAUAAACUGAUUGCGUUAGGAGAGGAAAACGCAAACCUGAAAACAGAGCUACUGUCUUUAAAACUGAAAUUUGGAUUGAUAAGUUCUGCAUCUUAUGCUCAAGAAAUCCAAAAGGUUACAAGUGCCACAGCUGUGUAUUUCCAGGAAUAUGCAGCUGCUAAAGCAAAUGUGAGGUCUUACUCUGGAGAACACCCUUUAAUAAGCAGUAGCUGCAUCUCUGUGAUUAAGCACUCCCCUCAGAGCUCUAUUUCAGAUGUAUCUGAGGUAUCAUCUGGGGAGCAUGUCCACCCAAACUCAACCCAAAACGACUGUAGAACCUCUGAAAUUAAGUUUCAAAUGGUAAAACAGGAGCCCCUGGAACUUGAGAACUUUACUCGGGAACCUAGGGAAGAAAAUCCCUCCUAUGCACCAUCUAUUUAUCAGAACUAUAUUGGAAGUACAUAUUCUGGAUAUUCACAUUCUCCCCCACUCCUGCAAAUUAACAGCUCCUCCAGCAACUCUCCAAGAACAUCGGAGGCUGAUGAGGGAGUGGUAGGAAAGACUUCUGAUGGGGAGGAUGAGCAGCAAGUUCCUAAAGGUCCUAUCCAUUCCCCUGUUGAACUGAAAAAUGGUUAUACAACAGUAAUAAAAGUCCCAGAGGUGAACUCCUCUGCACUGCCUCAUAAACUGCGAAUUAAAUCAAAAGCAAUGCAGGUAAAAGCGGAAACACUGGAGAACGAUUUUGAUGCCACCCAAAAACUGCCACUGCCAAUUGACAUGUCUUCAAAAAGGCACUUUCCCCUGGAAAAACAUAGUAGUGAACCCCUGGUACAUUCUUCUUUGUCCCCCUUGUCAGUUCAGGUAACUAAUAUCCCAGACUGGCCUAUAAAAUCGGGUCAGUGGCAUCACAAGGAACUCGAUAAAAUUCCAAACAUUUGCCAAUCUGCUGGAAUUGCAGGAAUGUCAGACAAUGUCUACAAAGCCUCUGAGCCAGAGAACUUGUAUUUGAAGCGAGGUAUUGCAAAUUUAUCUGCUGAGGUGGCCACGCUUAAAAGACUUAUAGUUGCUCAAGAAAUCUGUACUUCAGAUUCCAGCUAAAUUACUACUGAAAGAAAUUCAGAUUCUUAAUGUUAAGGGUGUCGUUUGCAGUAAAUUGGUAUGUUUUGUAAGAUGCUGAUUUUCACUGGACUUGUGACGUCAUUUCACUGUUUUGUUCCUGUAAUGAUGUCUACUAAAUAUUGUCUUUUUUGUGCACAAUAUUCUGAAGACUAGAUUGUGUUAUGAUCACUAUGCCUUGUGUACAGUUAUGUAGCUAUUGCAAGGUUGUAAAUAUUUUAAACCUUAUUUUUGCUGGUCUGUUAUAAACUGUGCAAGUUACCAGUUAUAAUAAAGUAUUGGUGACAAAGAAGGAACUUUGGUCUAAAUAAGUGGCAAUUAGAAAGUAAUGUGUUUUUAAUAUGUACCUGUGUAAAAUAGAAAAUGUGUAAAAUGUAUUUAUGUAGUUAUGGGUAAUAUGUGUAUGUGGCCCACAAUUGAUUAUUGCAGUGGUGAAGAGUUAAGUUUACCAGCUGAGCACCUGAUUGUAAAGGUGUCAUUGUUAUGCUUAUUUUAUCUUUUUUUAUACAUUUUCCCUAAAAGGGUCCUCAAUAAAGUGAAGGGAAAACAACUUGAUAUGAUUAUAUUUCAAAAG